UUUGGGCGCGAAGUUGUCAAUUAUUGGUGUCAUUGGAGAUCUGGCUCAUUCUUCCAUGUGUCCAUUAUCUGGGCGUUGGCCGCCAAAGGGUAGCAUCAAAGUCCUUUACUAGCUAGGAGCUUGUUGGCUAUUGCAAUAACCAUGGCGUCCAUCCCGUACUCUUCCUCUGGAGGUAGCAGUCGCCCAUCGACAACUGCCGCCGCUCUUCCCCGAAAAGCACCUGCUGUCACUCCUAAUAUUGGUCGCAGAAAUAAUGGACCUGUUGGUCUGGACCGUCAAAUGGCCGUCGAUAAGAACGUUGUGGAUGAGUUGCUCUUGGUCUGUGGUGUCAUUGGCACUUCCACAGAAACCACUUCCAAUGGAGUGGAAACUCUGGUACCCGUGACGGACUGUUUGAACUGGCUACAAGAUCUUCAGCGGGCAUUGCGUCGAGAUGAAGACCUCUACCGUCCCAUAUCCUUGCUAUUGGGAAAAUGGAAUGUGGCACCCAAAAAACUACUGCCUUUGGUAUUGACUUGUCGCUAUGACACUCCCAUGGUCUUGACUAUUGUCAAAAUACUUGUUAUUCUCACCAAACCACUACAUGAAAAUACCAAGAGAGCUGGAAAACUUGUCAUUGAUACCAAGAACAACAAAAUACCGGAGGAGGUGAUCGAAGAACAGAAGAAAUUGCGCAAAAAUGCGCUGGAACAGUCUGAUAUGCUCAUGGAAUACAAAAAGGCCAUCGUCCAUCAUCCCUCACAUAGAAGGAACAAAAGCAACAAAAAUAAAAGCAAGGAUGAAGAGGGUGGACUACUCUCGAUCUUUGUCUCCCUUCUAGCAGAGCCUUUGUCCAAGGCUGGGACCAGACGAACCGAUGCUGAUCACCUGACUAUUGAACUUGUGCUCCAUCUCUUUCGCAACAUUCUCAGCGCAGAACCCAUUAUCAGAGGAUCACAUGAAUCUUCGGAACAGAGUGCCCAGUUGCACAAUGAAUGUAUCUCAUUGUUUGAACGGGAACUUGUCUUGGAAAUUCUAUUGGUGCUCUGUCAAGAGAUGGAAUUGCGCGAAAAUGCACAGUACAAUCUGCUCGUGAUGGAACUCCUCCAUCACCUGCUCAAAUCACAAGAUCCUACAGCAGUGGCUCGAUCCAUGUCCACUCCAAACACCACUCCUACUACAGUUUCUACGUCUGUUUCUACUGCCGACAGCACAAAGAUUGGGAAACAAAACAAGAAGUCAGCGCCCAAGCCGCCUCAAACUGCUACUGAUGGAAUGUUGCGAGCCCAGCUGGCAAAAGAUAGGCAACAAUUCAAAUCAGGUGCUCCAGCUCGCCACGGCAACUUUGGAGGCACUCUCAUGCUCAAGCGACAGGAUGGAAGACGACAGUAUGUGGCAGCCUCGGCUGUAUUGGAUCAGAGACCCCAGGCCAGCAUGGCUGCUGCUAGUAUGGCAGGACCCAAGAAACGGAAGAAUAGACGCACAGAACCGUUCAUUGGUUCUGGAAGGACCCUGUUGGCUCAUACAAGGGCAGUGCAAAGCCGAAGUGUCCAUCGUGGGCCAGCUGCAAUUCGUGCACAAAAGACAUUGUACCGAUUCUGCGAACGAUUCUUGGACAAGUGCUACGGACCACUCAUGAAGAGCCUCAAGAAUGAGUUUCGUCGAGAUUCAGUCCGCUUGGAGGGAGAUCAGGACAAGGUUGUCUUUUUCCGCAUCAUUUGGUUCUUUUUCCAGUGGUUUCGUGUCAGUGGCUUUGGUAAAACGCUGCAAGGCAAUGCAGGAAAAGCGAACGAGAAAGGAGAGCCCGAAGCUAGCAAGAGUGCCCUUGGACAGUUGAUCUUCACGAUGGAUGUCUUUUCCUUCAACUUGGUGCUCAAUGCUACAAACACUUUCAUAGGUCACAAAGCACACAUCCGUUUGGCUCAAACAGUUGCCCUCUAUGCUGAGAUGAUGCACAUGCUGCAUAGCAUGUACAAAUCUGAAGAUCCUACGGAGCAGAUCAUGGCGCUAGGAUUGAUGGACCGCCUCUUCUACGGUUCUGAGCCAGUGGAUCGAUUGCCAAAGCUACUCUCAUCCUGGAUCCCUGGAACCACUACCCGUGAAUAUGCCUGUGAUCUCGUGGAAGCCUGUCAUGUGACGCUCAAACUUUUGGAUGCCAAUCACAAAGCUUGUGCUGAUAUCAUGAACAGCGAGGAAGCCAAGAAUGCAACCGCGCCGUCGAAGGGAAAGAAGAAGAAGAAGAAGCUGCAAACGAAUGAUGCAGUGCUACAGAUGAAGGUGGCAGCGUCGGACUUUGACACUAAUUCGUACUUUUUGCGAAAGGUGGUCUCGAACCACACUGUCUUCAUGUACACAAAGCUUCUGGAACAGUACGAACUGAAUGCACCCCAAGUCAACCAUCGGAUCAUAUCCUAUUUCCUUCGUCUGGAGAAGCACAAUGUAGUCGGGGAUGAUGUACAUCCUCGACAUUUGCCGGAAGGUUUAGUGGACCCAUUGCAGACUUUGAUUGCACCCAAACCCACAACACUGGAGCCAAUGCUGUACAACAUGCAGCUGAUCAUGGUGCUCAACAAGAUUCUGAACGAUCCCAUCAUUCGCAAGGACAAGUCAUACGCGACGACGCUGGCCUGGGCAGCGGGGAUCGUUCACAACUUUGCCACAAAAGCCGCUGACAAUCCCGCACUGUUUGCGGAGUGUCUGUUCAAGCAUCCAGUUCCUCACCGAUUCUGCGAGCUCACCACAAACAUGUAUGUGAAUGAAGAACUCCGAAUGAUAGUCGAGAAGGAGUUGCUCCUGGAAACUCAACGCCUCGAGAGGUUGAAUGAUGAUGAUGACAGCGACAACGAUGAGGAUCGAGAGCAGGAGGAGGAGGUUGAAUUCAAGGAUGACGACAUACGUGGUGUUUCCGCCGGGGGAAAGCGCCCAAAGGACGAUGACAGCAGCUCCAGUGAUGACGAUGCCGGGCUUCAAAACAAGAGCAAGAAGAAACGCAAGAUCCAACCCAAGAAGAAAUCGAGCCUUGAGGAUGAGAGCUCUGACGAAGAAGAGCUGGAGUUCGAGGACAAACCAAGAGCUUCCAACAGCAAGACCACCCAGUCCCAUUCCAAGGGGUUCAAACGAAAGGCCUGGGAUGAUUCUGAUGAAGAGCUGGAAUUUGAAGACAAACCAGCAUCAGGCGCCAACACGAUAGCAAAAUCUUCCAAGAGCGGCAAACAGUCUGUUUUGGACGACAGUUCGGAUGAGGAACCUGAUCGAGACCGGGAAACCUUGAAGCAGUCUACCAAAGGCCGGCCAACAAUUGACGACGACAGUUCGGAUGAAAGUGAUGACGAAGACGCAAUUUUCGUCCUCAGGCAACGGGUAAUCGCGGAAAAGAAGAAGCUCGAAAAAGCCAUCUUGGACGAAGAGACAUCGGAUGACAGUGACGACGACGAAAACCAAAAGAAGGAUGCAUCCGAUGACGAAGCUGAGUAAUCCUCAUAGAUGAUACUGGUGGAAUAAUUAGGGAAAGAAUUGUUAUGUG